GAGUCUAAUCAUGCUGCUGCCAGGCCCCUAAUCUGCCAUGGGCCCCUAUAUACCGCCUCCUCAUGCUGCUGCCCAGGUCCAGAGUCUCUCAUGGGUCCCUGUACGGCCUCCCAUUGCUGCUGUCUCCAUCGCCACACUCUGCUGCCAUGUGCCACUUUCAGGUCUCCUCCUCACACUGCUGGUGUGUUGAAUUUUUUGACAUAGGGUGCUGGCAGAUUACGGGCCUCCUAUAGCUGCUGCUGCCCAGGCCCCUAAUCUGCCAUGGGCCCCUAUAUAUACCGCCUCCUCAUGCUGCUGCCAGGUCCAGAGUCUCUCAUGGGUCCCUGUACGGCCUCCCAUUGCUGCUGUCU